AACUGCACGGAAGGCUACAACUGCGAGGUUGUGAAUCCUUGGUACUACCAAUGCCGGGCAGCCAAGGCCGUCAAAACGGUCGAGCAGUGGGGCCAGUGUGGUGGCGUGGACUACCGUGGGCUGACCAAGUGCCCCGCUGGAUUUGAGUGCAACUACGUCAACGAUUGGUACUCACAGUGCAUCCCCAAGAAAAACCCAUAA